UUAGUACAGGAGCAAAAAUGGUGAAGGCAUUCAAUCAGAAGGAGAGCAAGCGUAUGACGUGUCACAAGAAGUACAAGAUCAGAAAGAAGGUCCGUGAACACAACAAGAAGCUUGCUAAAACUAUGAAGAACACCAACAAAAAGAAGAAGACCAUUGACGGAAGCAUUCCUAAUCUUGCCCCAUUUAAGGAAGAACUGCUUCUUGAAGCUUUGAAUCAGACUGAAGCUAAAAAUGAGCUGAAAAAGCAGAGAAAGAAAAAACCCCUAAUUGUUGUGCAAAAGCCUAAAGCUCAGACUACUCCAGUUGCAGCAGCAAAAUCAGUCUCUGCUCAUGUGACAAUCUCUCAGUGCGACAUCAUUGUUUGGGUGAUUGAUAUUCGCAGCCCUAUGGAAUGCUUCUGUGACAAAACCUUUUCAGAACUCUCAAGUGCUGACAAAUCAGUUGUUUUUGUUUUAAAUAAAGUUGAUCUUGUGCCAAAGUCUGUUGCUCAUCAAUGGUACUCAGUUUACAGCAAGAAAGCUCCUACAUUUGUGUUAAAAAGCACAGAAAUCAUGCUUACAGAGUGUGAGCAGAUAAUAUCAGCUUAUAAAGCAACUCUCGCCAGGUUUGGUGGGGCAAAACCAUUCCUGUCACACCUCAAACAGAUUCCUUCUACAGAAGAACAGAAGAUUGGUAUUAUUGGGGGUCCUCAAGUUGGCAAAUCUUCCGUUGUCAGCACAAUUCUGAAGCAAUGCGGUAGAACAAAAGCUAAGAGAAGCACCAUGACAAAGCUCAGUGACAAUCUCAAACUGGUCACUAUGCCAGGUUUAAUAGAGAUGGAGUACAAAGGGCUGCUAAACGUGCUACACAAUAUACACAACUUUAUGAACUACCCCACUGAAGUAAUGAUGGCUCUAGCACAGUGUAUCAGUAAACAAGAUGCCAUGUUCCAUUUCACUCUACCUGAUUACAGCCAUCCCGAGGGUUUGACAGAUGCUCUUGCAGUGAGGUUCAAUCUGUACUGCAAAAAAGAGACUGACCACGAAGCAGUGGGACGACUGGUUCUUAAAAGGUUCCGAGAUAAGAAAAUAAAGUUCUGCGUUGUGUGUGAAAAUGGGAUUGCUGGCGGAGUAAUUCCCGAGGAACAGAUUCAGGAUGUUCACAGAUUGAUGUUCGACGGUGACGCACUCAGACUUAACUCUUCUGAGCUAAACAUAGAGAUAACGAAGACAGAGAAGAAGAAGAAGUUUAAUGAUAUGGAUAUUGAUGAGGGUAUAGAAGAGGAAGAUGAGGAAGAAGAUGGAGAUGAAAGUGAGCUUGAUGACGAGGAAGAAAUGUGUCAUGACGUAAUGAGUGAUAAUCACACACGUGGCGUCUCCAACCUCCUCUUCUGGUACAUAGUCCUCAGCUUAACGGGUGUAGCCUACGUCAUCCUCAACCUCAGUUACCACAGCGAAGAGAAAGAGUUCGAACACACGGGCUUCAACCUAGCAGGCAAUGACACCAUCGCAGUGGAGGAACAAGGCCAGUUAGUUGAGGUGGAAUCCACCGAGCAGAAACCCUACUAUACCUUCAUAGUGUUCGUGAUAACAGCGCCAGAUCACACCCCGCACCGUGAAGUAAUCAGGAAGAAGAGCUGGGCGGGGUACCGGUGGCUUGAAGAUGAUGGGACUGAGAUAGACAGGUGGAAGUAUGUGUUUGUAGUGGGUAAGACGGAGAGUGCAGAGACAAUGGGUAAGCUAGAGGCGGAGAUUGAGAUGUAUCAGGACAUGAUCAUGGCGGAUGAGCUGGAUAGUUAUCAUAACCUUGUGUUGAAGGUUCUGUGGUUGUUGCAGUACUCUGUGGAUACUUAUAACUUUUCCUUCUUAGUCAAGACGGAUGAUGAUAGUUUCAUUAAUAUUAAGCUGCUGAACAGGUACCUCCACGAGCAGCUGAACAGUAAUUCGGGCGGUAAAAUGUUCUUUGGAGGCGCAAGAACGAACCGGCAGCCCGUUCUGCGGCGUGGCAGAUACGGUGUUGGUAAGGAACUGUGGGAUCCAGAUACAUACCCUCCGUACUGCAGUGGCAGCGGGUAUGUGCUAUCAUUUGAUACUGUCCAGGAACUUAAGUCAGUGUGGGACACGGGGGUUCAGCCUUUGUUUUAUGUCGAGGACGCGUUCAUGGGGACCCUGGCCUAUCAUUCAGGGAAAAUAGAAGUGUCUACCAUCAGGGGAUUUUAUUGGCAUCAGAAAUAUGGGUGUAGUAAUAAGCAGGCCCUGCUGAUGCAUUACGUUAAGCUUGACCAAAUGGAGGAGUUUAUGGAAAAGUAUGAACAGGGGGUAGCUUAUUGUUAGCGUUUAGUUAGAGCUACAUCUGGUAGAGUUUUUAUUUUAGAUUUUAGAGAGAGUUAUAGAAUGUUAAAAACGUUUUACUGUAUCAUGUUCACCGACACCACUCACCAAUUAUUGUUGUUCUCUUUUUUUUUCAAAUAUACAUAUUUGUAUAUAAUAUAUAUAAUAUACAAAUAUGUUUAUUUGAAAAAAUAUAUAUAUACGUAUAUUGUAUAUUACACUAGUUGUGUUUUUACCGAACUUUAAUAUCAGUUUCAUGAACUUGUUUUGUGCCUUUUUAUCUUGGAUUUGUAUUUUUCUAAUACGAUCUUAUUAAAAUAUCUGUUGUUCUUGAACAGUGAACAUGGCGCAUAAAUGCUUUGGCCAAUCGUGACUAUUUUGUUAAUGCUAUAUUAUUAUUAAUAUUAAUUGGGUUACUUUACUUCACAUGAAAAUUAACUUAUUUAUAUCUCCAGUUUUUGAUCUCACUGAUUCCUAUUAAUUGUUCAAGAUAAAGUAGAUGAUCAGAUGUUGACCGGAUGUUAUUAAGUUAAAUUUAAUUGAUAUGUUUUUUUCCCGCAGUAAUGUGUACAGUUAAAGGAACCAAAUCCCAGUUAUUUUUGGUACUUCUUAUUUCGUUUUUUUCCGUAUUGCUGUGCUUAUGAUGUUUUAGUAAUUCCUGAUCAAGUUAAUGUGUGGUAAACGAUAUGAAGCAAAUUAACUAAUUAGCAAAUUAACUAAUUAACUAAUUAGCAAAUUAACUAAUU